AUGGCAAGGUUCUACUCUCAUGUGGUGGGUGCUUACAUUAGUUAUCUUUCAAAGCAGUCAAUGAACAAUCCUCAUCGGAUGUGCAUAGAAGAAGAUACCCUUGAUUUUUGGGAGCUUUCCAACUCUCGCCGCAUGGCUUCUAUCUCAUUACUGUCUCCCCCAAAGGUGGCUGUGUGGAUGCAACCGAUAUCUCCGACUAGUUCCUAUGACAUGCGCGUUGCGUGCGUACUACAAGAUGGGGCUAUCGUUGUGCACUCUUUAACUCAAGAAUAUCAACCCAUCGCUGGUUUCGAUACCCCGUUUUAUCCUCAUGGUCACAAUGCGAAUAUCAAGUGUAUUGCCUACAGUAACAUGUAUCAAUUGUUUGUAACGUCAGCCGAUGGGACUCUCAGCGUUUCCAAAGUGGGUUUAUCAGGCUUCAUUCAACGACAAUGGUCUAUGACUUCUGGAGCAGAAAUGGCGCAAAUCAGCCAUGUCUCAUUCUCCUUGUCCGAAACAAGCUUACACAUCUGUUAUAUGCACGAGAAGAUCAUAUUGGAAAUUGAUGCGUUCAACGGCAGUGAAAAGAGACGCUUAUCAGUAGCACACUCCAUCUCAUCUGCCGUCCUGUCGCCCACCAGGGACAGGCUUCUGUUGCAUAAUGUCAAAACCGGAUUUCAUAUGGUGGACGUCACCACAUAUACCUCUUGUUCCCUUCGAUUCCAUGUCAAUGCUGUUGAUUGCCGGCCUCUGUCAGCAGCGUUCAUCAACAGAGGUAAACAUCUGGUAGCGCACGAUGGCUAUGGGAAAAUAUUCUUUUGGGAAUCGGCCUCUGCCAAUCUAUUGUGGUCAACUGAAUCGGGAUGUUUAAAUGUACGGGCGCUGGCGCAACUCACCCAGCCCGGACUAUUAGAACCCGAGCGUUCACGUAUCAUGAACAACAUUACUGCUCCGAGGAGAAAAUUAACCCACUCACCUGUCCAAGAAGAAUCAGGAUUGCAAUCUCAAGAUAACCACUAUGGAGAGGGCUUGCAGCCAUCGCUCUACGACACUUUGUCACACCAGACCCGCUGUUCAAGCGAUAACAAAAGCAGCUAUCAAGAUCAAGGCGUGCAAACAGAUGCUAUUGAACCUUGGUUGACUCACACUGGCGUGUCCCCUUUAUGUAGCAUUCCCAUGAAUCCAUGCAUUCAGGAUGGUCUUAUACCUAAUCAUCCCGGGCUGACACAUACGCUGCAUGCAUGCAAGAUAGAAGACCUUGAUUCGAAUUCUCAGAGCAAGGAUGCAAAUUCAGCGCUUCCACUGUCUAGCCUCCACGUCACUGCACAACACAUCUCUAUUCCUACAACUAAGAUAAUCCCAAACGAUGAAGAUUCCACGCCUGAAUUCACAUCGAUCUUGGGUGCCAAGCCAGUGCUAGCUAUUCACACAGGGGAAUCGUUUCUAGGAUCCGGCAGGUUUGCGUACUGGAUGGUCCUCCAUGAGAAGAGACAUCGAUGCAUGCCUAUGAUUUUCAGGGCGAUGGCCAAAGUACUAACUUAUCUCACAUGUUUGAGCGCCUUGACUAUUUUCCUGUGUCCGACACCGGCGGAGGAUUACAUGGAGGUUCUUAGGGCUACUGACUACAAGUGUUAUGCGAGUGUUUUGUCUGACAACUUUAAUCCUACCUAG